GCAGAGGAAUAUAAUGGAAAACAUGAGUGGAUGUAAACAAUGUACGAGGACCUUUCGAUGCAUUUUACAAUUCUAUUACAGUCGACAGUGCAGUACCACCUCAACAGUUGCAAAUAACUCUCCACUAAUCGAAGCAGAUGGUAAAAAAUUACCCGAACAAUGUACGAAAGCUCCACCCAGCUGCGGGAGAAGCGACAGCCCCAAACGCUCCAAACGCAGGCAAAACAUCAUGCACACAUUCCGAACGUUGGUUAAACAUCACUUUUACUACACGAUCCGAUGCGAAAUUCCAGCACGAUGCGCCAAAGCCCAGCCCAAAACAUAAUCGCUAGCCUAGCGCUUGACUUUUCUAAGUGCGAUCCACGCCACCUUCCCCUCACAUUGGGCCAAAAGGGGGAAGAGAGGACGGGUUUCGUCGAUGCACGCGAGCAAUGCUUUUCUUUUCAUUGCAUCUGUUUCGCCCCAGGAUCGCUUCCAUCGCGCGGGGCAUGAUCUGUCCAUCAUGCCGGCGCACGUCUGCCUCUGAUCAGCUGAGUGGAACUGCACACCCGCUGCGUUUGCAUUGCCCGCGGAGAGCCGACAAUGCAUCGCCGGUGCAUCUGCAGCCAAUAGCUGUCGAUUAAAGAGUUUCGCCACUUUCUUUCAAACGAAGCAAGACUCAUGCUAACCAGCAGCAGCAGUAGCAGCAGUUCGACAAACCACCACCCGUCUAGGCAGCUGAUGCGGACGGCCUUGGUGAAAAUUAUCGACAACCCGCAAGUCGCUGGCCAGGGCAGAAACAUUGCUCGUAGCGCAGAGGUACACAUAUCUCGGUAGAAAAGGAUGGAUUGUGAUGCUAACAGCAUGGCACUAACGAUCAACAAAAAAGAAGAGUCGUGCACAACUACAACUACAGAUCGUGCAACUGAUCGGCGUGAGGUGAGUUUUCACUCGCACUUGCAUGCACUAACACGAAAAAUUGUUUUUGAGAAAUUAAUCUAAUUAAUGGUAUCAUAGCAGAUUAGGGCGGACUUUACGAAACGGGGAAUGUAAGAAGAUCGCCACCGCAUCUCGCAUGACCAUUGCACGUUAACGAACGUCCUUCAGGGUUGUUGAGCUCGAUAUACACUUUUUAUUAAAUAAUUCCACACAUUAACACAUUAACGAUCGGAUAACGAUAACAUACAAAGCUCUCCGUUUAUCAGGGAAAUAAUAGACCAAACAUCAGUUCAAAAGUAUCCAUACUCCGGAUGGUAAAUUCGUUCUGCUUCGAAACAGGAAAUUCGAGCGUUACCUUUAAUGGGAAGUAAUUAUCUCAUAUUGACAUAAUGCACUUAAAAGCGGGAGCGAAAAGCGACGCAACAGCAGAACCUUCCUUUCUCCUUAUGCAACAUUAUAUGCACCAUUGGUUUGAUUCCUGACACACAAAAAGCCACAUCAAAUACGGCCCUUCUAAAGUUUGCUAAACCACAACAGCGCAAUUAGAGUUUACGGCAUGCUAAAAAGAGUGUUCCGGGAAGAAAGGCGAUCGAAAGAAAGCAAGGAAGACAAUAUGCUGCACAGCUUUGCGGUUAGACAUGUACAACGGGUUCUGCUAAAGAAUGAAAAUAGCUCAAAUUUUCCUUAAAAAAACCUAAUGCAAUAGAGCUACUUGUUCGAGGUGGUACAAAGAAGUUUGCUGGUUAUUAGCAAGACUGUUUCCAUAUGCUUACGUCGACCGAAAUUGUACAUCUAAGCUAACACUUCUGCACGAACGACACUAACAUGUCUGCAGUGACGAACUAAGUCAUAUUUUUAGAGGCUUUAUGAGCGUCAUGCACAUCACCUGCGAUCGCAUUGUUUUGGCGCAAGCUUUGUCUUCAGAUCGGGUGGUCGCUCUGAACUCGGCACCACCACCCGCCCGACCAAUCGACCCAGAAAACCAUUGUGCUUCUUUUUAAGUGGCAAAUUUGUAUUCAAAUGUUUCCGUUUCUUAAUCCAUUUGAAUCUACCGCCACCGAACAGACUGACAUUGUUUUUGCCUUGAUCUGUCACUAGAAUCGUCCACAGGGCGCGGGUGUGUGCUUUGGGCAAAUUGGAUGGAAAAAAACAAUUGAACUUUUCCACGAGAUCCGCGUUUCCGGGAAGUGGGAAUCGGCCCAAAAUGCCGAAAUCAAAGCCAACAAUCAGUCCCUGACAAUAAUGUCGGUGUGUACAUUCGAAAAGUUCGCCGCUCGCCUCUCGGUUCCCAAAGCCUGCUCGAGGCCUUCUGCGCCAAGUGCAUUGGGGCGUAUAUUUGAACGAGUUCUUCAGCCGAAUCGAUAUGCACACGAACGUGAAUAUCUAGUAUCAAGGAAUUACUUUCACUCAAGAAGAGAUCCACCCUGAAAAGCGCUUUCCUUCCACGUCGAUCGUACUAUUGCACCAUAUUGACCGCUGAUGGAAAACCCCUUUUUAUGUUUCAAUUAUGACAAAAUGGAGCCCUCAUACGUAACCCAAGACUCAACAUUCGUCAACAACAAAAAAGCAAUCUAUUCCAACAUAAUUAAAUUGUCUCUCUUUCUGCUAGACUCACCGCUCGGGACCAACUUAUGCAACUCUGCCCAAUACCGAAAGAAGAUGCUUCUUCGCACGUGUCUAGCGUCGUUCGCACACCGCCGAGAGUGCUUCUUUUGCAUGCAGCUAUGUGCUUAAAUUUCCAUUUUCAACAUAUUGCAAACGGCGGCUCGAUCUCUUUUGUCUAACACAAACCGUCAAACAAAAACUGGAAUUUAUGCAAAAUGAGCACAAAAAAAAGAGUCUACAACCACUUACACUCAACCCCCCAGGGUAAGAUGAGCUCUUCGUGCAUUACAGUUUGUCACAGCAAGCACUAACCCCCGAAAGGUGGUGCCGUGUUGGGGCACUUACGCUAAAAGUACGACGGAAGUGUGCUACGUUCGUCGUUAGACCCGGCAAGGCAACAAACACUCUCCCUCUCUCUCUCCCUCUUGCGACAUUUCCAGUCCAUUAAGCCCCGUCGAAAGAUCGCACACGACCCACACAUUACAUUUUCGGCAACAUUAAUUGUUGCCCACAAAAACGAUCGGAUCUUGGGAUGCAAAUACGAUGCUGCGGCUAAGCAUUACAGAAGCUGCGGGCAGAAAAGAGAUGCAACACGGUCGAUUUGGACUGUUUGGAAGAGGUGUCGAAGACGAGUGACGUACCGGCCCUUAAUGGAGGGGUGAGAAAAGCCCUCAACGCCUCCCGUCGGCGUCGGUACACGACGGAAAAUGGAAAUUAACGAACGAAACUGCGCCCGAGCGGUGAGUUUUCGCGCAAGAGAGGGGAGAGCAACCACGGUGGCUGGGAAAUGCAAACGCUGCGUUACGACGAAGGCAUCGGUUUGGAAGGGAGGGAGAUCCAUCCAUAUCGCUCGCAUCGGCGUGGCGGUGGAUGGCCAGUUUUAAUAUGAUUUUGAAAAUAUUACCCUUUUCAGUAGGCGCAAAACGCUCGUUCGAAACGGUUCACACAUUGGUGGAAACAAGCUAAUAGUAGCGUUGUUCGGUUUGGUGCGAUAUCACCGGUCGUCGAUCGAUCGAUUAGGGCAAGUGCAGGCAUAAAACGCAUCUCUCCCCAACGGGCUACGGUGAACUGAUACCGACAGAUAGCCAAGAUGUACGGUGAAUAGUGCACAGUACGGGGACUAGUUUCCCUCCAGUGACAGAACGCACACAGUGACAAACCCGAAACCAUCGUGCUCAGUAGCAGUGUUACGAUACGAUCGAUACGUUGUGUGAGGAUCAAAGCUCCCCAAAACAGUGCAACAAAGAAAGCGCCCAUAGACAACGAAAGGCUUUUGUUUUCCGUUUUAAAAUAGAAACAAUUCAACUGCUGCCACGUGUGUGUGUGUGUGUGUGUGUGUGUACGUGUAUGUGUGGUAAAUGUUCUGCACCCUCACGGCGCUCGUUCUGCAGCUGUACAAGACGAAAACUCAGCGAACGAUCCAUCACUGUCAGCGGCCAAUCACGUUCCGCCAUGGAUUACAUCGGGCGUACAAUGAACAUUUGUUUAAUUCUUUUCAUGAUAUCCAUUACCGGCAGCCAUUGCCAGUACUUCAGCAACCGUGAUAUCAUUCUGACGCCCCACCAGCUGAAGACGCACCCGGGCAAGGUUCUUUACUAUCGACCGCGUGAGCAGGUUCCGUCCGACGAGAAGCCCAACGCGACCGGCGGCAAUGGUAACGCGGUGCCCUGGGAAGAAGUGUUAAAAGAAACCGUUUUCCUAGCGCUGAAUGAUAACAAGACGAGCCUUCAGCAACAAUCUUCUGGAAGCACUGAAAAUGCACCGCUCCUAGCGAACCGGCAGCAGAAGGCGAUCUACAAUGCACCGUACAUCGGGGCAGUCGAUCUGACCGUUCCCCGCUUUGGUGACAUCGUCGAGUUGGCCCACGGACGACUGGAGCAGGACGCCACCGCCGACGAUUCGUACUUUUUCGUCCAGCAGCAGGACGGUAAGUCGGAGGAGCCGCAGCGCAACGUGACCGCUCUGUGGAAGGUGGAACGGAUUCGGCAUCGUGAUGAUCAGCGCGGACAUCGGUAUGAGCUGAAGUUCACGGUGGCACAGCCGUCCAAACAGGCUACGACGACGGCCAGCGAAUCGACCGCCACUCCGCUGGAAGGUGAACAGGAACAGGGAGGAGCAGCCGCAAGCAACAGCAAUCGCACCUACAUCAUCCGUGACGAGGACUACCCGCGUUACUUUGGACAGCUGAUCAACUCCCCGAACGCCAUUCCCAUGCACCGAAAGAACGAUCAAAUGUUCGAUCGCACCUUCUUCGACAUGGUCCAAUCGCAGGCUCCCCCUCAUCCGCAACCGCACCACCAGUUCGGUUCGUUCGCUCCGGCAACCCGCUUCUACCGACCGGCCGUUGUCCAGCAGGCACAGCAAACCAUGACCGUCGGGCAGUAUCUGCUGCAAUCGCUGCUGUCCGGUGGCGAGGCGCCCAAGUAUCACCACCAUCAUCAUCACUUUGUCCCCGGCAAGAUGGCGGCCAGCCCCGCAUACUACGGAGGGCUAGCGGCGGCCACGAGCAAUCGCAUCAAGUUCCCCGAUUCCUUUACCGGCUCCAGCCACUCGGUGCCCAAGUUCUACCAGCACAUCCACUUCCAGCGUCCCUCGAUCGCUCCCCUAGCACCGACGGCCCUUCCGGGCAGCUAUCUGUUCCACCAUCCGAAGGACUCGCAUGCCCCGGCCCCGAGCAACAUCCAUCACGACUACACCAAGCUGGUCGAUCUGCGCGGUGCGACGACACCGACGGGGCACGAUUCCGUCGAGGCGAAGCCAACAACCACCGUCAAAGCGAAUGCCGUCCAGCAGCAGAAGCCCUCGGCGCCUUCGCCGAACCUCAUCCAGCAAUCGUUCCAGGCUCAGAAGACGUCGCCCAAUCCCCAGCAGUUCCCUACGCAGCAGCAGCAGCAGCAGUUCCACCAGCAGGUUGCAACCAUUUCCACUGCAACCGGACCGCAGCAGCAGCAGCAGCAGCAGCAAACGGGCCCGGGACAGGCUCCGAACGCCCCUACCGCACAACAGUUCCCACCGCAACAGCACCUCAUCUACCGGCCACAGGUAUCGCCCCAACAGCAGCAACAGCAACCCAUUCUGAUUCAUCCCCACGCUCACCCGCAACUCGGAGGGCCUCCUGGCUUCUUCCCACCCUCGCAUGUCAUCCAAUCGAUCCCCUUCUACAAUCCCCAAGGCCAGAUGGUGGUCAACCACAUCCCGGUCAUGUCCAACCACCACAUGUUCCAGAUGUCCCCGCCGCAACCGAUCGCCAUACCGGUGCACGUACAGUUGAUCCCUCCGCCCCAGAACCAUCUGUACGCUGCCCAGCAGCAGCAGCAGCAACAGCAGCAAGCACCACAGCAGCAAGCACCGCUUCAUCCGCAUCAGCCGCAGGAUGGUCUUCAAGCCAUCCCGGUGCGUAUCAUGCAACCCAUCCCGAAUCCCGUCCACCUCUACUCGCCCGUCAAUCCCUUCCUGCCGCCGCUGCAAGCCCAGCAGCAGCAAUCGUUCCACCAUCACCACCACAACCCGCAUCACCCGAUCGUCACUGUGACGCCCAAGACAACCUCCUCCUCAUCCUCCUCCCCUACCACCACAAACUACCAGCACCAUCAGCAUCAUCCUCAUCCGGCUUCCCACGGCCACCAUGCGGGCAACCACACCCAGGUCGCGUCCACCGCAGGCCAACCUUCCCCCACGUCCCAGAAUCAUCCGCAUUCGCAUCCGCAUCCGCAUCCGCAUCAUAGCUCUCACUCGUUUAAUGCCAUUCCCACUGUUUUCAAGUUCACCAGUUCUAAUGCGAUCCCACACCCACAGAAGACGACGACGCUCGGCGGAGGGCCCACGUCCUCGUCCUCCCCAACAGUGACCGCGCAGCAUCAUCGCUACAACACGCCGAACGUGCAGCUGAGCGGCCCCUCGAUUAGUCCUACGCCUGCCCACCGCCACCGGUACUCCACCGUCAGCGGAGGAGCGACGGGUGCCGGCGGCACCAGAUCGUCCCCAUCAUCGUCCUCCUCCUCCUCCUCCUCCGCUAGCUCACCGUCACCGACCUCGGCCACGCGCUCCAGCUCCCGCUACACGUCCGCGGUCGGUCAGGUCAGUGGUCCGACGGUCAGCUCGACCGUGGCCAACCAUCGCUACGCACCCCUGCCAACGGUCCCGGCUUCGCCCGCUGGUCUACGGGAGAAAUUCACCGCUGCGGCGUUCCAACCAUCCGCCAGCGAGUCCAAGCAGACAACCCGCAAGCUGGAAUCGCCGACGUCCAAGGUCAACAACAACAACAACAACAACCAGGCCGGAGUCACCGAUACCGUCGGAAGCCCGUCCAAUGCCGUUUCACCCAAAUAUGAAUCAUUUGGUGUCGAGAACGCCGUCACGCCAACGCCACCCGCCGAAUCCUUGCUGUCUGCCGCCACGCCCACCGCCAGCAGCUUGUCACAGAUUCACCACUCCCCCACCGCUUCGCCCGCUUCCCGCACCACCCUCGCCGGAGGUCCCGGUGCCUUCAGUUACAGCAAUUUUGUCGACGCCUCGGGUGCCGUCAGUGUCACCGCCAAGCUAACCUCUGAGCAGACAUCUUCCUCACCGCACCACCGCACUAGCAGCAGCAGCAGCGCCAGUACGGCAUCGCUUGCGUCUUCUUCUUCCGCUUCUUCUGCAGGUUCGCCUUCCCCUACUACGCCCAUUUCCAUCACCACGCAGGCCACCUACGUGCCGCCGCCCAAGUCCUACAUCCAGCAGCUAGGUCCCACGAUCGGUGUGAAGUAUCCGCCCGCCUUCAAGAGCAUGCCCUCGGUGACGAUCCUGCCGCCACAGAUUGAGACCCCGAUCGCGUCCACCCUCAAGACCUACCAGUAUCUGAACCACCACGACACGUACGAUUUCAUUCCUUCGCGCGUCGUCGAGCUGGCGCACGUCAAAAAGAUGAACGGUCAGAAGCACGGUAAGCGCACCAAGUCACAGAAGGGACAGAAGAAGCCCAACGGUCCAAUGGCAGGUCCGGCAGGAGCGGGAAUGGGUCCCAAUGGCAACCACCAUCAUCACGUUACGGUCACGAGCAGCAAGCCGUUGCGCUUCUACCCCGGAGAUGGACCGGAAUAUGCCACGCACCGUCCCGAAGCUCAGCUCAGCGUUCAGCUGCCUCCGCCGGAGAAGGAUUACACCAUGACCUAUUACGGAACGCCCAAGCACAACCAAAAAGUGCAGCGACCCAAGAACUUUGUCACACCGCUGCAUUCCUACCAGAGCUCCUCGACUACACCGAUUCCGCCACCGUCUGCCGUGACCGUCCCAUCAUCCUCGGCUCCUUCGGUAGUGUCCUCUGUGUCCCCGCCAGCCCCUGCAAGCGCUAGCACCACUUCCGCACCACCGCAACAGGUAACGGCACAGGGAAGCCGGAACGUAACCGUCUCGACGUUCCGUUCGGCCACUGCUUCCAGCACGGCCCAUUACUACAAGAACCGGAACGAAAAGUCGGACGAUCUUACCACCAUGGGCAUCACCACGAUGCGGCCCCGCAUGAUGCUCAAAACCAUCUACCGCCAGUUCCCGGGAUCGUUCGUGUCGACCUCGACGUCGACGUCCACGGAAAAGCCGGUCCAGAAGUGGGUACCGAAGCGACCGAGAACCAGCAGCAAAUCGACGAGCGGUGAGUUUUCCACAUCCACGCUUCCCUCCUCCUCGCUGCCGCUCAGUGGCGAACAGGCGGUUGCAUCGUCCGAACGCGCGAUUGACGUCGUCACUAAAACUCCGGUCGUGCCUGUCGUGCGGUCCAACCUCGAUCAGCAGAUGCAGCGCGUCCGUGCAUCGAGAGGACGCAGCCGAUACACGUACCGCAGAAUUCCGUCCGGCAAUCCGCCACCAAUCCCGACCGGUCAGCAGCAGCAGCAGCAGCACCUAACUGGCAGCAGCAUGCGGACGAGCCGCAUGCGAAACAGCAACUUCAGCUCCUCGACCACCACCAUCAAGCCCAUCCCCAGUGUAACCUCUUCCGUGUUCGACAGCAACCGUAUCGAUGGCCGCUCGUUCGAACAGCAGGAACGCAAGGCCGAAGAAAUGGUCAUGACGACGGCCACGGCCAAGAAUGCGUCGAAUGAAAAAAUCAAACGCGACACCAGUGAAGCCACGGACGACAACAAGGAAGAGACCGAUCGUACGACGGUAGCCGUUGCGGAGCAGCUCGUCGCUCAGCAGGCCGAACACAAGCAGGACGCGCUGGAGGUGACGGAGCCGGAAAAGGAGUUCGUUAUGGUGAAGGCCAACAUUUCGCCUCCGAUUGCCACGAACCAAUCGAAUAUGGUACUCUUCGAGGCCAGUGAUGCCGUGUCGUUCGAUGCAAGCAGCGGCCCUGCCGCUGUGGAAAGCUCGGGACGAUCGAUUGGUUCGGCUUUCGAUGAUCUCACGAUGUCCAUCAUCAACCACGCGAAAGCGAUCGUAAAUCAGACGGAAAAGCCCGCCGACCCGGCACAGGAAGAGCUGAGCGCUACGGAGCCAACCGUCGCACCCGCCGUUGCAAGUGGCAAAUCGAUCGAAAGCAACGAGAUCGCUCAUAAGGACGAGUACGAGCCGGAAACAACGGUUGAGGUGACGACGGCCGCGGCCGGUAGCACCAGCUCCCCAGUCACGGAAAGCACCGUCAGUGAAACGAUAGGCACCACCUUUGAGGAUGGCGUCGAAGGUGCUACUGCCGAUGAUGGGGCAAGCCAAACGACAGUGGCUGUCGAUGUUGCUUAAAGUCUGUAGUCAUACGUUGAACACACGAUGAUCAUGCCACGUUCAUGCAGAGCGGAAAAUGACCAUUCCCUCAAUUCCAUCCACUGAACCACUCAUCCAUCCCCCGUACGACACGUUCAUCUGAAUCAUCCGAAUUGAUCUGCAUGUAGUUUUAAACGCUCUACUCCCACCGCGUGCUCACUGGGAGAUGUUAAAUUAUUCUAACAUUAAUAUAUUAUUUAUCAAAACUGUGACAAGACAGAGGGCAGGGAGGGCAGAAACGAACCAACAGCAUCCAUACGAAAGGUGUAUGGGUAUAGCAGGACAAAGUGAAUGCAAAAGCGAAGCCAAAACCAACAACGAACACACCCCCAAACCGAACGAUCCAACCGAAACGAACGGUACCCAGCUGGCCCGCUGAACGGAGCAGGAUGCGGGGACACAGCGUUCGAGUCGUAGGAUACAAUUUUGUUAUUUUGUUUUUGUCAAAAUAAAGAUAAUUAUAGUGUAAAGUGUAUAGGAGUGUGGAU